GUAUAUCUUAGAAUAGAAAACAAACAAAAUGAUUAGAUUUAGAGAUAUCUUUGUGAAAUUGUGAUCAUGAAUAAUUUCAGGGGUGCUUUUUAUUGAAAAUUUAUUAUUAAUUUUUUUUAUGUCAGAAUAGUAUUUAAACAAGUUAAGGGAUUAAGCAAUUCAAUUGAUAGUUGAAGGUAAUUAAAAUAUAGAAUGUAGGAAAAACUGAAUACUUAAAAGGGGCUACUCUUGAAGUUAAAUAAGGAGGUUAUGAUAAAAUGAAAUUGGGAUGCUAAGAAUUAGUAAAAUAUGCUAAACAAGAAACAAGUCCAUAGUUGCUUUAAAUUACAAGUCAAAAAUUGAAUGAGUUUACUUCAGAGAUGCAAAAUAUGAAAAUCUACCUUGAUAAUUAUAGAGCAAGUCUAUAGGCAUAAAACCCUUUUCCCAUUUAACAAUAAUAACCAUAAUAAUAGUUCUCAUAAAAUCCAUAACCUUAAUAAUAGCCCAAAACCUAAAAUGGUAACAAUGGAUUGAACAAAAGUACAAACUAAUAGGAUGAUUAAGGAAAAUAAAAGUAAAAUUAAUUAUGUAAGAAUUGUAUUAGACUUGUUGAAGGAUAAUAAGCUCUGAGGAAUAAUCUAUCAACAGCUAUAGUCACUGAGAAGCCAAACGUCAAAUGGGAUGAUGUUGCUGGAUUAGAGAAAGCAAAGGAAGCCUUAAAAGAAGCUAUAAUAACGCCUUUGAGAUUCCCAGAACUCUUUUAAGGGGCUCGUAAGCCUUGGAUGGGAAUCCUAUUAUAUGGAGUACAUUAUUAAUGAAAUAUUUUAGCCACCAGGAACAGGUAAAACAUUCUUAGCUAAAGCAUGUGCAACAGAAUGCGAUGGAACAUUCUUUUCUGUAUCUUCAGCAGAUUUGAUAUCUAAAUUUGUGGGAGAAUCAGAGAGAUUAAUCAAAGAGUUAUUUAAUAUGGCUAGAGAAUCAAAACCAACAAUUAUAUUCAUCGAUGAAGUGGAUUCAAUGACUGGUAACAGAGAGAGUGGAAGUGGGAAUGAAGCCUCAUCUAGAGUUAAGACUCAAUUCUUAGUAGAAAUGCAAGGAGUUGGCAACAACAAUGAAUCAGUUCUUGUCUUGGGUGCCACAAACUUGCCAUGGACCUUGGAUCCAGCCAUUAGAAGAAGGUAAGAUCAUUCACUAUGAUUAUUUAUAGAUUUGAAAAGAGAAUCUAUAUUCCCUUGCCUGAAUUUUAAGGGAGAUUGUAAUUGUUGAAAAACAAAAUGUAAAGCACUCCUAAUAAUUUAACCCCAGCUGAAUUUGAAGAUAUUGCUAAGAUGCUAGAGGGAUAUUCAGGGUCUGAUAUGAAUACGUUAAUAAGAGAUGCUUGUUUUGAGCCUUUAAGAAAAUCCGAAAGGGCUACUCAUUUUAAAUAGAUAUAAACUCCAGAUGGAAUGAAAUUCACAGCUUGUUCUCCAUCCGAUCCUUAAGGUCAGUAAAUGAAAAUGUUUGAUAUCAAAAAAGGAUAAAUUCAUUUACCAAACACGGAAUAUGUAUUAGUUUUCAUGAUUUUUUUAGGAUGAUUUCUUAAGUGUACUUCCAAAGUGUAGACCAUCUGUUUCUUAAGGUGAUCUUAAAAAAUAUGAAGAUUGGACAGCUGAAUUUGGACAAGAAGGAUGA